AUGACGAUAACUGUCGUGAUUCUUCUUCUCAUCUCUUUCUCCGUGUCCACUGCAGCAAGUGAGACCUCUAUUUACAUCAUCCACAUGAAUUUAUCCGCCAAACCGGUACCAUUUUCCGAUCACCGGACCUGGUUCUUUACAACUCUUACUUCGGUUACUACCGGGAGGAAACCAAAGAUUCUCUACACAUAUACCGAUUCGGUUCACGGGUUUAGUGCGGUUCUCACCAACUCGGAGCUCCAACGUCUUCAACAAAAACCCGGGUAUGUCUCUUUCACCAAAGAUUCACCGAUUAAGCUUCAUACCACUUUCUCUCCACAGUUCAUCCGUCUUGCUUCAAAUUCCGGUACAUGGCCGGUCUCGAGCUAUGGAGGCGGUUCAGUGAUCGGUAUAAUCGAUACCGGAAUCUGGCCGGAUCACCCCAGCUUUCAUGACGAGGGGCUUGGUUCGAUCCCCUCUAGAUGGAAAGGCAAAUGUGAAUUCAACUCUUCUUCCGUGUGCAACAAGAAAGUAAUCGGUGCUAGGGUUUUCAACAAGGGCUUUGUAAGUUAUGGGCCUCAGUCAUUUAACCUUUAG